AUGGAUCAUGAUACGGAGAACGUAGGGAAGACUGAUUUUAUUGAUUUGGAAAAACAUUGGAGUACUAUUCUCAAAAAAGGAAUAGAUCAGUUGACUGAUGCCCAAAUAACUGGUUUGAAAUUCAGUUCCCUAGAUGAUGGUGGAGAGUUUUAUAACACAUAUGCAAAGUUGGUUGGGUUUAGUAUUCGCAAAGAUAAGAUAAAGCGUAAUAAAGAUAACAUUGUGACCUCUAGAAGAUGGGUUUGUGCAAAGGAAGGGUUGCGAAUUAGGAAAAAUGAGUCCAAUGUAAAUUGCAUGCGUGAGAGACCAAUAACAAGAAGUGGUUGCCAGGCUGCUUUUCGUAUUAGGUUUGAACGAAAGUUAGGUGAAUGGGUGGUAGGAGAGUUUAAAAGGGAGCAUAAUCAUGACUUAGUUCCGCAAUUUGAGACUCAAUUUCUCCGUUCACAUAGGACUAUUAAGGAUUCUGAUAAGGCUCAGAUUAUAGCAUUGCAUAAUGUUGGGGUCAAAUCAAAUCAAAUCAAAUCAUGGAUCAUAUGA